UUCUGACUGAGGAAUGCUGUAGUGAGGAAUGUAAAGCCUCCCUUUACCCAUACUGCCCUUCUUAAAGCCCUUAUGUAAAGAAAAGCUUUCCUUAAAUCUGGCUGCUAGUUGGAGAGUUCCUUUUUAGACUACGCACGUCUACAUGAGAGGAAUUUACUCUCGGCACCACGAGCCUAGUGAGGUAAAGGAGUAGUGUGGUGAGUCGAUCAUUUAUUCUACGUUUGUGUGUCUGCAGUUUAAAUAAAGCCAGAUCAUUCAGUCAGUAUUGAAAUUAGCAAUUAUUAAUUGACUACUUACCGAUACACUUCUAGCUUACAUUGUCUUGAUUUUCUUUUAAUUAUUUUUGAAUGAUGGCCUUGAUGAAAUUCAUGAACUGUUCCCGGUUACUUUACGUAGCGUCGUAUAAUUAAAAUGAAUCGAAGAUCAAACACAAAUUAAAGAAAGGAUUAAAAAUGUGUUUUCUUCAUAAAAGCAACACUUGUGUAGAGUUUAAAACGUUUAGUGGCUACACAGAUUCCUUUCUAACACAUUUCCCCAGGAUACAAUGGGGGUACUGUGUAAAGUACUGGCUUGCUGUUGAGACUUGGGGACUUCGACACUGGUUGAACCACCAACCUACGCUUACUCCACAAUGUGUUCUACAGAGUCACCCCUCCAAACAAUUGGUUAUUCAAAAAAAGGCUCUGUCCAAAGGCAAACCAAGCAACUGAACUGAGAACCCCUAGAACCAAUAAGAACGGUAUUAUUGGUGUUACUUUGUCAUGUGCUCCAGGAUCUCCAAGGUUUUUCCCACCGGGCUUCUCAUCAAACAUCUCCAUGUUGAAAUUUCCACCAGAGCUGAUCGUCCACAAGUAAGCUUCCUGACUUCCAGAGGACUCUGUCUGAGUAUGAAACCCUCGGCCCCUCAGCCACCCGGCCCUCUUUGCGUAUCCAGGGGCAACGUUUUCCACUUCCUCUGUGUGGUCGGGGGUCUGAUGAUGGGGGCGACCGCCGGUGGUCAGUGUCUGGAUGUGGCCGUGACGACGGCUCAGGACCCCAAGAACCUGCGACGCAUGUCCAACACGCUCAUCGGGCUCCUGGGCCUCGGAUACCGAACAAAUGUUAAGACCUUGGUUAAACAAAACCUGAAAAGGCUCUACUUCUCUGAGAGUUUCAGAAGUUUUCUUGGUGAGAGAAGAAUAUUUCUGCCAGUUACUUGUGAUUUCCACUUUUCGCGUGCGUUUCCUGUGAAGCAAACAAACCUGGAGUCGACAUCUAGGAACUGGAUCUCAACAAAAAGGUGCAGCACUCAUUACAUCCUGUUUUGCGGUGGGAGCAGCCGACUCAUACUGAUACUGUGCUUUAGAGGCCGCGGCCUGAAGAUUAAAACUUACAGGUCUUCAAAUCAGAUGCAGCGGUUGAUAACCUUCAGCAGAGAGGUGCGAGGAGACGUGAUUUUUCUUUUACUGGACGGACUGGCUGGAAAAGCCAAAACUGGACGGGACGCGAAUGAUGCUGCAAAUCACCCGACACGUCUCACCCUGGGGCUGUCUGCGCUGUCUGUACUUCUGCUUUGGAUGUUUCUGCCUCGUUUUGCACUUUGUGCCACGAUCGGUUUGGCUUUGAACGCGCCGCGCCAUACCCGCCGAACAGUGUUACCGCGGAGAGGCUCAGAAUAAACAUUUGAAAUUGAUUCUUUGUCUUUGGCAUUUGGUUUUUCCCAAGUCUGACAUCUGAGACGCAGGCUUUUAUCACAAAAAAGUAAAUCAGCGUGGUUUAUUCAUCACUGCGCUGAGGUUUGCGGACAAAACAAUAGGAAAGAAUAGCUACGUAUUUUGGAAAAUGUCCAAUCUGCAUUGAAAACCCCUUUAGGUGUUCACCCGACGCUCUUUUUUCAGCUCCAACUGCUCCUCAGUGCUGCACCGAGGCUCCUAACAGGACCUGAAAACCUGAUUAAAUUAGUUCCCUGCAGUGGCUCCUUGUUAGCUCUGUAUCUGAGUGUGCUAUUCUAAUAAUUGUCUACAAAGGGCUGUGUGGUCUUCACCCUGAAUAUGUUCUUUCUAUAUGAGGCUCUGUCGGGAAAAAACCUGGCAGCCGAGCUACACAAUGUUUUUCUGUCCCUCGGGCAAGGACAUAAUCAAAUGAUCAAAGGGCCGCUUCAAAUGCUGGAGUUGGUCUCUGGGAAAAUGGUGCAAACAAAAGCUUAAACACACAUUUACGUGCUGGGUUUUACGUGCACCCAGUCUACUAAUUUGUAUCCCUUUUGUGUUUUGUUGGUCCUUGUCGCAUAAAUCGCUUUUGUCACAAUAAACCGCUGUGUUUAAAUUAA